AAAAACAAAAAUAAAGCAAACAGAAUAACAAAAAGCAGCAAAAAUAAAAUCAGCGAAAUUUGGCGUUUAAAAUUCACACAUAAAAAAUGUAAUGGAAAGCAUUAGUGCUCAUAAAAAAUGGAUUUACACGGCCUUUUUAAGGCUGUCCUGAUCCUGUACAUCAUACGAGCUGAGAGCAGCUUUGCAGUGCAUGGCUUGGAUCUGCAGGGACCGAUAUUUCUGCACGAGCCGCCGCAUCGCGUUGAGUUCUCCAACAAUUCGGGCGGCCUCAUAGAGUGCUCCGGCCAUGGCAGUCCCCCACCAGAGGUGGAAUGGACGCCCAUACCGCCGCAGCAGGACAUGGUCUUCCAGCUGUCCAAUGGCAGCAUGAUGUUCUAUCCGUUCACGGCCGAAAAGUAUCGCCACGAGGUGCACGCCACCGUCUACAGAUGCAAACUACGGAAUCUGGUCGGCACCGUGCUCAGCCGGGAGGUGCACGUGCGCGGCGUUGUCAACCAGAAGUAUACGGUGCAGGUGCACGACGAGUACGUGAUGACGGGCAACACGGCUGUGCUGAAAUGCCAGGUGCCCAGCUACAUGUCGGAGUUUGUGCUAGUCACCGCCUGGGUGCAGGACACCGGCAUGCAUCUGUAUCCAAACACGGACAUCGGCGGCAAGUACACGGUCCUGUCCAACGGCGAAUUGUACAUAAAUAAUGCGGGGCCCAAUGAUGCGUACAAAAGCUACACAUGCCGCACUGUAAAUAGACUGACAGGUGAAAUACAAAUUUCGACAUAUCCCGGCCGCAUUAUUGUAACCGAGCCCAAGGGCAUGGUACAGCCGCGCAUUAACGUCGAGAAGCAUUCGAUGCGGCAUGUCGUCCUUAAUGGCCAAACAACGUUGCCCUGCAUUGCUCAAGGACAUCCAGUGCCAACCUAUCGCUGGUUCAAGGAGGAGAACGAGCAGCUGCUGCCGCUGCAGCUGAGCGAACGCAUCACGAUUGUAUCCGCGGGUCUGCUCAAAAUAACCAAGGCGCGUCUCGAGGACAGCGGCAAAUAUCUGUGCUGGGUCAAUAACACGGCUGGCGAGGAGACCAUCCAGGUGUCUCUCACCGUGACAGCUCCCUUGACCGCACACCUGCAGCCGCAGGUGCAGACCGUGGACGUCGACAAGGAUGCACAAUUCCAAUGCAUUGUCUCUGGCCAUCCGGUGCACGAUGUCAACUGGCUGCACGAUGGCAAGCCAAUACUGCGCGACAAUCGCGUCGAGAUACUCACCGAUCCUGCGCGUCUGAUCAUUAAGAAGGUGCAAAAGGACGAUCCCGGCAUGUAUCAGUGCUUCGUCUCCAACGAGUGGGAGCAAAUCCAGUCAACAGCUGAGCUCCAAUUGGGCGAUGCUUCGCCGGAACUGCUUUAUUGGUUUUCGGAGCAAACACUGCAGCCGGGGCCGACGGUAUCAUUGAAAUGCGUUGCCACCGGAAAUCCACUGCCGCAAUUUACAUGGUCUUUGGACGGAUUUCCGAUACCAGACAGCUCUCGCUUUUUAGUGGGUCAAUAUGUUACCAUCCACGACGAUGUCAUCAGCCAUGUGAAUAUUUCAAACGUCAAGGAGGAGGACGGCGGCGAGUAUACCUGCACGGCGCAGAAUGCGAUUGGCAAGGUCUCGCAUAGCGCCAAAGUGAACAUCUAUGGUCUGCCUUACAUACGUGAAAUGCCAAAAAUAACGGGAAUCUCUGGCUCUGAUUUGAUUGUUAAAUGUCCUGUGGCUGGUUAUCCCAUCGAUAAAAUACACUGGGAGCGCGAUGGCCAAACGCUGCCCAUAAAUCGACGACAGCGCGCCUAUAACAAUGGCACCUUAAUUAUCGAGCAGCUGCAGCGGCUGGAGGAUGCGGGCACGUACACGUGCAUGGCCCAAAACAAGCAGAAGCAGACAUCCAGGCGGAAUGUGGAGAUUCAAGUGUUGGUGCCACCGAAAAUCAUGCCCAUUCAGGCCAUGACGAAUAUGCUGCGCGAGGGCAUGCGGGCUGCCAUAUCCUGCCAGAUCCUGGAGGGCGACCUGCCGGUCAGCUUUCGCUGGGAGCGCAAUGGCAAGCCGCUCAUAGGCACCGGCAAUGAGGUAUUCCGGCGCCUGGACGAGUACUCGGCCAGCUUGGUCAUCGAGCACAUCACCUCGGAUCAUUCGGGCAACUACACGUGCAUCGCCAGCAACGUGGCGGGCACGGAGAGAUUCACGGUGCCGCUGACGGUGAAUGUGCCGCCCAAGUGGAUUUUGGAGCCGAAGGACUCGAGCGCACAGUCCGGCACAGAUGUGCUCGUCCACUGUCAGUCCGCCGGCUAUCCGAAGCCGACGAUUACGUGGAAGAAGGCGAUUGGGCCGACGCCGGGGGAGUACAAGGACUUCCUCUACGAGCCCAGCGUGCAGCUCUUUCCCAAUGGCACCAUCUACUUCAAGAAGAUCAGCAAGGAGUCGCAGGGGCACUUCCUCUGCGAGGCCAAGAACAACAUUGGCUCCGGUGUCAGCAAAGUGAUUUUCCUCAAAGUCAAUGUGCCCGCCCAUUUUCCAACGAAAACGAAACAAAUCUCGGUAGCCAAGGGCAAGCAGGUGCAUGUGCAGUGCAAUGUGCAGGGCGACAAUCCAAUUGACUUCAAAUGGAAAAUCCAGGCAACGCAACAAUAUCUUGACGAGUCGCUCGAUUCACGCUAUACCAUACGAGAUCAAGUGCUCGACGAUGGCAUGGUCUCCGAAUUGGGCAUUUCGCACACAUACCGCCAGGAUACAGGCAUUUAUAUCUGUCAGGCCAACAAUGCAUUUGGACAGGACGAGAUGUCCAUACAGCUAAUCGUGCAGGAGGUGCCGGAGCAGCCGAAGAAUCUGCGCAUCAACUCGCAGCAGUCGCGCAGCCUGCAGCUGACGUGGAGCCAGCCAUUCGCCGGCAACAGUCCCAUCGAGCAGUACCACAUCUACUACAAGCAAAUCUCAGACAUCUGGCAGAAUGCGGAGCACAUUGACAUCAGCGGCGCCCAGACGGUGGUCAACAUACAGCAGCUGCGCCCGGCCAAGGCCUACCACAUACGCAUGUCGGCGGAGAACAAGCUGGGCGCCUCCGAGUUCUCGGAGGUGGUGCAGGUGACGACGCUGGAGGAGGUGCCGUCGGGGCCGCCGCUGCAGGUGCGAGCCGAGGCCAAGAGCUCCACGGAGAUCUCUGUCACCUGGGAUGCGCCCGAGCGGGAGCACUGGAACGGCAUCCUGCUGGGCUACUAUGUGGGCUACCAGAUGUCGCUCACGCCCCAGGACAAGGAGGUGAAUCCCACCCAAGGCUUCAGCUUCAAGACCGUCGAGGUGCGCUCCCACUUCGGCGGCGAGACGGUGCUCAGCAACCUCAACAAGUUCACCCAGUACCAUGUGAUUGUCCAGGCCUACACCAGCCAGGGCAGCGGGCCGCCCAGCAAGGAAAUUGCUGUGCAAACAAUGGAGGAUGUGCCCUCAAGCCCGCCAGAGUCGCCGCAAUGCGAUGUGCUUGGCUCCACAUCGAUUUAUAUCACCUGGUCACCGCCGGAUAUUGACGGACAAAAUGGCAAAAUCAAGGGCUACAAAGUGUUUUACAUAUCGGUCGAUGAGCUUUACGAAGCGGAGCCGGAGGUUGUCAAGUCAACAAAUCAAUACGUCACCAUUGAGAAUCUGCGCAAAUACACAAACUACACGGUCUGGGUUUUGGCUUACACCAAAGUGGGCGACGGGAUGAAAACCAAACCAUUUUAUUGCCGCACCUAUGAGGAUGUGCCAUCGGCGCCGCAGGCCAUCAAAGCGAUACCCGCGUCGAGCACCAAAAUCAUCGUAUCCUGGCUGCCGCCCGAUCUGCCCAACGGUGACAUUACUGGCUACACCUUCUACAUGUCCAUGCUGGAGGGGGGCCGCGAGGAGGGCACGCACAAGCGGGUGCUCGGGCCCUACGUGGAGAUGCACGAGACGGUGCGCACGCAGGAGUCGGCCACCUACCAGUUCUGGCUGACGGCCUCCACCAAGGUGGGCGAGGGCGAGAAGACGCAGGUGGUGACGGUGCCGCCGAACAACAAGGUGCCCGCGCGCAUCGUCUCGUUCAGCCAGCGGAUUGUGACGCCCUGGAAGGAGAACCUGGAGCUGCCGUGCCGCAAGGUGGGCGCGCCCGCGCCGGUGACCAUCUGGCGGCAGGACGGGCACAACAUGGAGACGAGCGCGAGGAAGACCAUAGCCAAGAACGGGACGCUCUACUUGCGCGAGUGCCAGGCGAGCGACGCGGGCAACUACACCUGCAGCGUGGAGAACACCUGGGGCAAGGACGAGAUCGUGUACAGCAUUGUGGUCAAGGUGCCGCCGGAGGCGCCCAACCUGACGGUGGUGAACAGCUACACGGACAGCCUGCACCUGGAGUGGCUCGACAACAGCCACGGCGGCAGCCCCAUCCUGGGCUACGUGAUCAACUACAAGCGGGACAACGGCGACUGGGAGGAGCUGCAGGUGGACGCCAAGACCAACUCGCACCUGCUGAGCAACCUGUGGUGCGGCACGCGCUACCAGCUGUACAUAACGGCCUACAACAAGAUCGGCACCGGCCUGCCCUGCGACAUCGUCAACUCCUACACCAAGGGCAACUCGCCCGUGCAGCCGAAGCACUCGCAGAUGAUAACCAACAACUCGACGAGCGUCACCUGCUGGCUGGACUCCUGGGGCGACGGCGGCUGCGGCAUACUCUACUUCAUGAUCGAGUCGCGGGUCUACGGCCGCUCCGCCUGGAACGUCGUCUCCAACCACAUACCGCCCACCGAGCGCAUCUACACGGUCAGCGACCUGGUGCCGGGCACCAAGUACCAGCUCAAGGUGACGGCCCACAACAAUGCGGGCUCCACGACGGCGGUGUACAACUUUACGACGCUCUCGCCCCAAGGCGUCCUCUACAACAACGACCAUUCGACGCCCGUCUCGCACCUGAGCGAUCUGCCCUUCUAUGCGAAUUUCAAGCUGCUGCUGCCCAUCUGCGUGUCGCUCCUCAUGCUGCUGGCGCUCAUUGCGGCGGCGCUGUUCCUGCGCAAGCGAAUUCACUCGCCCGCAGAGCUGAGCAACCAGGCGCGUCUGGCCAGCUCCUCCAUGUCGGAGUCGCCCUCCCUGGCCAAUCUGCAGAACAAACAGAAUCGUGACCAGCAGUACUUGGCCGUGCGCUGCAAUCCGACGAACUCCGCGCCGCGUGGCUCCAACUCCAACGAUUCGGGCAGCUUUGGCAAGGCCGAGGGCAACGAGUAUAUCGAGGACAUCUGCCCCUACGCCACGUUCCAGUUGAACAAGCAGACGUACAGCGAGAGCUCCUACAGCGGCAACGUCUACAGCGGCCCGUAUCACUCGGUGCGCGGCUCCUUUGUCUAUCACGAUGUCAAGCCAGAGAGCUAUCACUCCAAGGAGCCAGAGUAUACAAAGGUGCGCCGAAAAGUAGGCCGUCUACGCGACCCGCACUCAGAGAGUCAAGAAUCGGACAAUCCAGGUUCAACAGAUUCCGAAGUUAGGAAAAUCCUAACGCUUCACAUACCAAUUACAGAAUAUGACACACUCGGCUCCGAGUCCGACAAUGAUGUGUCCGCCCGCGCUCUUAACUCGGCCAAAUAUCGCGCACAACGCGACACUCAAGAUGAGACAUCCUCCUCGUCGGAGACCACGCCCACCAGCAUGACCCGCAAAUCGAAGCCCCCCUUCGCCGCCCGCAAGUCCAGCAAGCCGGGCACCAGCGGCAAGCGCCACGUGCGCAGCUCCAGCGGCUACUCGAGCCACAAUGAAGAGACUACAUUUAGCAUAUCCAACUAUCCACCAAACUACCAGGACCACAUCAAUCCACCGGCCCGUUUCUCGGAUGCCAACGACAAGGCGAAGACCCAAACGUCGCCACGAAUGCGUGCCAAUCAGAAGCUGCAGCGUGAAGCUUUCCAAAUCAAUGUCUAAGGACACAUAAACUAAUUUUUAAAUUAAUCAAAUAUUGGAAAAAAAAAAAUAAUACAAAGUGUUGAUUGAAAAUUGAAAACUCUUCAAAUGGUCACGAUGCCAUAUAGAAGGCAGACAAAUUUGUUGUAAAAUCUAAUUUAGGGAAUACCCCUAUGGAGGAACUAGAGAAAAGUUUCUACCAGAAGCACAAAACUGUUGUAAAAUCUUGAAAACAAAAACAAAAAUCGAUACGAUAAAGGCAAACAUAAUUGUUAUGUAAAAUCUUAACAGAUAGAAAAAGCUAAAUAUGGCAAAUCCUAUAUAGGGCGAAGAUCUGUUGUAAAAUCCAACAUAUUAUACAAGAAAUCCUUAUAGACUUGGCUAACACACACACUCCACUUCAAAAACAAACAGGCAUUUCUUUAACAAUUUAUGAAUUGUUAAAAAUUAAAGUAUUAGAAUACAAACUGCAUACUAAGUGAAAUAUAAACAGCAAAAAAAAAAAAAAAAUUAUGAAAAAUAAAAUACACAAGUGUAACUAUUUACAACAACAAAAUGAAUAACAAAUCAAGAAUAAUAAGAACUUUUCGAGCAUUUUUGAUUUUCAACGAACAAAUUUAAUUUAAACUACAAAAAAAAAAAAAAAAAAAAUAAUAAGGAAAAUGAAAUAUAAACCAUAAGACUUAUUUACAUACUGAUUAUGCUUAGUUUAACUUCAAAAGCUGCAAAAAAUAAUAAUAUUAAAAUAUUUAUAUUAUAAAUGGAAUGAAUGUUAAACAAAAAAGAAUUAUAAAUGAUAAAUUAAAAAAAAUAUAUAUUAUUGCAAUAAAUGUUAAAAAUAAUACACAAGAUUACAACUUAAGCAUUUAAUGUGUAUUUAAAAAAAAAUAAUUUUAUAAAAUUGCGGCAGGCCGUAUUUAAAAUGUUUUGCAUAGCUGAAGGAACUACCGAAUGUAGUGUAGUUAAGAGCAGAGCAUUAAGAGAAACGGAUUAUGAAAGACAACUACAUAUAAUGCAUGCAUGAAAUACACAUACAUAUAUUCACACACUCGUACACACAUAUAUAUCUAGUAAAUUAAAAGGUUUACGUUAAAUUGUUUAUGUUUUUCUCUCCGACCCCGAUGAAAAACUGAAGGAAAAUGUUAGCUAGUUAUUUAAAUUAAUUUAAAGUAUAAACAAACACGCAUCUAAUAGUUUAUGAAACUGUUGUACAUAGCUAAGCAUUAUAAUACCUAAUUAUACAAAUCAUAUAUAUAUGUAUAUGUAUAUGUAUAUGAAUUUAGAGGAAUAUUUAGUAGCCAAAGUCGUAAGCCAGCAUGCAUUUUCAUCAAAGAAACACUGAAAGCAGUAAAGCGAACCCAGCUCAAGAUACUACAAGAUACAGAAUUAUAUAGCGCCGAUUCCAGUUUGCCAAAACUCUAGACCAUAUAGCUUUCACACACCUGUACACCUCCUGUACACCUGUACUAUAAGUAGACGACUCUGAUUACAUUUUGCAAUAGCCAAAAAGCAAGCAAGAUCCAACCAAUUUACAUGACAAUAUGAUCACAACAACCAGGCAUACAUUAUAUACUAGUAUAACAUUUAAAUCACACACACACACACACACACAAACACAACGUUGUAGUUCACAAGAAAAUAAGCAUAUAAAGUAUAAAGCGAAGCAAAGCAGAAACAAAACUCACAUCUCUAGUCAUAUUAACUAUUAACUUAUCUAAGCAAUCUCUAAAUGGAAUUACAAGUUUUUGGCAAUGCAAAACUUUUUCAGACUGCACCGAUUUAGGCAUUUCAAAGUUUUGGAAA